AUGGCUAGGGUGGAUGGUAUAGUAAAGCUGCGCAAAUUGACAGGACUGCCCUUCAAAUUGUGCAAGGAAGCUUUUGACAAGUAUGGGGGGAGCAUUUCCGAGUCACUAACUUACCUGGAGAGAUGUGGACAAGAAUUUGAACCACUGACAAAAUCUUUAAACAACGGAGUAAUUUUCAGUUACAACAGCAACAAUACUUUUGGUUUGUUUAGCGUGAAAUGUACGACAGAUUUUGCUGCCAGAAGCCAAACUAUAUAUGACAUUUCGGCAAAAAUUGGACACACCUUAUGCAAUGAACACAGCAAACAAAUUGGAGCAAAAUGGAUGACUGGUAGAAUAUACCACCACCAAAAUGAGGGUGUAAAGGCAAUGCAUGAUGAAGUGCAUAGACUGCUUAAAAUGGCAUCAUUGACACUCAAAGAGCAAACCCAUCUCAGCGAUUCGUUCAUCAUACACAAUCCCAGCCCCAAUGAUUCCGUUAAAAAUGACGGUAACAGGCCAAAGCGGUUUACAGGAGUUUACGUACACGGAUCUCAUGGCUUUAAAGCGUUGGAUAGGGGCAAAUUGGGUACUGGCGGCGCGAUAAUAGGGCUGGAUUGUCAAUUUAAAGGGCUUGGAGGAUUAACAGUCAAGGCCUUCCAGCGCAUUGCCGACGAGAUCGCAGUUCACCUAUACUCUAUAAAGAACUUGUCAAAGGACAUGGUUAAGGACGCGUUUCAACUACCAAUAAUACGCGUAGACGAAUUCAGUAAAUUAUAUUUGCAGAUAGCUGGCGAAAGUGGAUGCAGCGCAAAUGAUAUAACAGGCAGCGAUGAAGUUAAUUUGGGUGGAUUCAUCAGGAGUUUAUCAGAUUUGGGGUUUGUAGUUAGGCUAAAUGGCGCUGGUCUUCUAGACUUGAGCGGCGCUGUUUAUAUAGCUUUACGAUGA